GAAAUCCGCUAAUCCCUUCUAAGUUCACACAAGGGAUCGGCGGCACGGCGGAAGCACGGCGGAGGCGGCGCCGAGGAGGUCUUCUGGAGCAAACCUUAGAACUCUUCUAUCGCCGCAGGGGUUUCUUCUUCAUUAUAUGUUGUUGUUGCAGAUGGCUCUGGUGUAUUACGGAUAUUAAGUUAACCAAUAGGCAGUACAAAUAUGGGAACUCAAAAUAUUUUAUGGAAUACGACUAAGAACUUUUUUACUGGGAGCCUCAUCGCUAUCACUAUAUCUGAUCGUUAUGCCAAUGUAGUUUCUCUUAAAGGCGUCUCCAUGGCUCCAACAUUUAACCCUCACGGAGAUGGACUCUUGACUCGUGACCGUGUUUUAAUGGAGAAAUUAUGCCUCGGAAAGUACGAGUUUUCUCAAGGUGAUGUAGUGGUCUUCAGAUCUCCUUCUAAUCAUCAAGAAAAACACCUGAAGAGGAUAACAGCCUUACCGGGUGACUGGAUCGGUACACCCCAUUCAUAUGAUGCAGUGAUAAUACCAGAAGGCCAUUGCUGGGUUGAAGGCGACAAUGCAGCUUCGAGCUUUGACUCAAGAUCCUAUGGCCCUAUCCCAUUGGGUUUAAUUUGUGGAAGGGUCACACACAUUAUCUGGCCACCUCAGAGAAUCGGUACCGUAGAAAGAAGUCCUCCUCAAAACAUCCCGCCUUUGUAAAUGUAUUUCGACACCAAUUUUCUUCCUUUCAUCCAGUUGCCCACACUCACUUCCAUGGAGGAUGAAAACAACAAUUUGCAUCCUAAUAAUGUCACAAUACCCGGAUUCUUGAACGUGUGUUUUGACACUGAAGUUUCUGUCUUGGAAUUUUUCAAUAGAAUUCUGUACUUUGUUGUGAGACAUUAUAUGGUAUUAUUUUUUCCUUUGAAAAUUCCCAGAUUGAAACAGUGGCUGGCUCCUAGUGCUUGUAAUUGUAAUGUAAAUGAAGCAAGAAAAGGGAAUCUGAUCUGUUUUUCCAAGGUUUGACCAGUUGGUGGGAUGAACAUGAUGUUGUAACUGUAAUUGGGUGACGUGAGUCAUGUGAUAACGGAUCGUUUGCUUUUCCUUAAAGAUUUUGUUCCAAUAA